ACUGCGGGACUCAACCCGCUGCAGAGCACAGCUGAGCCGAGCCCACCUGUCCAGGUCCCCAUCCCAGCCUUGACAAUGACCCUGGCGGCUUCCUCCCAGCGCUCCCAAAUCAUUCGCUCCAAGUUCCGAUCUGUCCUCCAGCUUCGGAUCCACAGACGCUAUCAGGACACGAGCCUCUCAGGGUCCUUUGCUGCCUCUCCAUUCUCGGAUCCAGAUCCAUGGAUCUCAGCCGCAGACCCGGCUCUGGCUCCGGCCCCAGCCUCACCCUCGAGCCCAGCGCCUUUCCUCUUCAGCCCUGGGGUCCUUCUCCCUGAGCCAAAACACUACCCUUGGCGGUCCCUGAAGAAGGAGUCUCCCAAGAUCUCCCAACAUUGGAGGGAGCCCAAGCCCAAGGAGCACUUGACAUACCACCAGUACAUGCCCCCAGAGCCGAGACAAGGGUCCAGGGCAGACCCCCAGGCUGAAGGGUCGGCCUUGGGUCCCCCUGGACCACCUCCAUGGGAAUGGACAAACUCACAGCAGCCACCUCCUAGGAUGAAGCCCAGUGCCCUCACUCGCUCCCCACCAGGAGUCCCCAGCCCCUCGCCCUCUCCACACAAGUUGGAACUUCAGACUCUCAAACUGGAGGAGCUGACGGUCUCAGAGCUCCGGCAGCAGCUGCGCCUGCGGGGCCUCCCGGUGUCUGGGACCAAGUCGAUGCUCCUGGAGCGCAUGCGCGGCGGCGCCCCGCCCCGCGAGCGGCCGAAGCCGCGGCGCGAGGACUGUCCGGCGGGCGCUCCCUGGCCUCGCUUCAGGCGCAAGGCUUUGGGAGCCGCUGGGAGGCCGGCCUCGUUCAAGCCGAGUCCAACAUCUCACUCGCUGCCCCUUCCACGUGCCGCGGAAACCCUUGUGACGGCUCUGGCUCCUGCUCCGGCUCCGGCUGCAUCGACGGCUCAGGCUCCAGCUCCAGUGCCGAUCCCUUCCUCAGCACCAGCCUCGACAGCCCUGACACUGGAGGAGGAGCUGCAGGAAGCGAUCCGCAGAGCGCAGUUGCUUCCGAACCGGGGCAUCAGUGACAUCCUGGAGGAUCAGGUGGAGCCUGAGGACAUGCUGCCCCCCAUCCCCCUGGACUUCCCCGGCUCCUUCGACUUGCUGUCCCCCUCCCCGGACUCUGAAGGCCUCUCAUCUGUCUUCUCUUCCUCUCUCCCAUCCCCCACGAACUCCCCGUCCCCCUCUCCCAGGGGCCCCACCGACUCCUUGGAUUGGCUGGAGGCUCUGAGUGGGGGUCCCCCACUGGGCUGUGGCCCCCCAGCCCCCAGCAUUUUCUCUGCUGACUUAUCUGAUUCCAGUGGCACCAGGCUGUGGGACCUGCUGGAGGAUCCAUGGUGAUGGAUUUUGGGGUUUCCAGGGACUGUGAACUGGGGGGGAUGGAGAGGCCACAGAGAUAGACUCCCUGAGGGAGGGGUUGGAACAACCAGCAGAGUCCCUCCCACCACAGACACAAAAUCAGAGACAACUCUCAUCCCCACCUGGCCCCUGCACUGCUGCUGACAUGCCCACCUCCUGACUUCUGCCUGACCUCCAUAUGAUCCCCUCCAUGGUUGUGUGGUUGGGGGCAAAGAGGUUUCAUUUGCUGCUGACCAGGGCAAAACAAGCUGCUUGCUGCUUCCCUCAGAGACCUCAUGGAUGUUUUUGUUCCCACUUUCAUCCCCCCAUCCCACUGACGAGAUGGAUGCCUGUUGCUGGGGAGUCUGGAAGGUGGUCUAUGCUUUUUGGAUGCAGGAGAGGGACAGGGAAGAGUAGGGAGAGAGAAUAGUCUGCCAGACCCUUGGCUUCUGAUUGGAGAUGAGAAAAAUCAGAUGUGUCAUAUCUGAGGUCAGAUUCCCUCGGAAGCAGAGUCUGAGACAAGAUCUGUGUAUCCAUGAUUUAGGAAAGAAAUGCUCCCAGGAGAAACCAAUGAAGGAAUAGAUGAAACAGGGCAGCGAUGGGGAAGAAGACUAGCUAGAAUGUGAUUUCAGGUGAAGUCCCAACACCAGCCUGAUCCCAUGGGGAGCUCUGGAGGAUAAAUUAAGUUGUAGAGUCUUUCCCACCUUGAGGCAAAGGGAACUGGGCCUUUGAGACAAAGGGAGAUCCCUGUUUGGGUUUAUUAUUGCUGAAUAACAAACCACCCUAAAAUUUCGUGUCUUAAUUACUGUCUGUGAUUGUUCACAAUUCCAUGGAUUGAC